AUGAAGGCGAAGCACAAGCCCGCUGCGGCCAAGGUAACGCUGGCCGCGCCGGCCAAGAAGGAAGCGGCGCCGGCCAGCGACGCCUCUGCUGACGAAGGCGAGAGCGGCUCGGAGGACGAAGGGGAGACCGGCUCGGCCGACGACGAGGUCGACGCUGACCACGAGAGCGAGGACGAGGCCGACGACAUGGAAGAGAACGACAUGGACGAAGAUGAAGGCGCAGUGGGCUUUGCUGACGCCAUGAGCAAGGUCCUUGGGCAGAACAUUGACACGGAGAAGGCGCCGAUUCUGGCCAAGCGCAUCACGGCGCAGAUGCGUGAGAUCUCCAAGGACAAGAAAGAGACCACCGAGUCCAAGAUCAGCGCCAAGGCCAAGCGGCUCCGCGAUGAGAAGGACAUGGUCAUCCCGAGUGUCGCCACGAUGGCCCAGGACAAGGCCCUCCGGACGAUCGCGACCAAGGGCGUCGUUGCGCUCUUCAACGCGAUCGCCAAGCACCAACACGCGUCGGCGGGCACGGCCGACACCAAGUCCAAAGAGAUCAAGUCGAUGGACAAGGAUGCUUUCCUUGGCUUGCUCAAGCA